CUCGGCGGCGGCGGCGGAGUGGCUGGAGCUGCGGCGCUAGCGGGCCGCACGGCGGGACGCGGGGAGCGGCGGCGGCCGAGCGGGAGCAACAUGGCGCCGGCGGGCGGGGGUGGGCGCCUGGGCGGUGGGCCGGUCCGAGGGCGCCUUCUCCUGGCGGCGCUGGUGCUGCUGGUGCUGCUGUGGACGCGGGGGGCCCGGGGCCAGGGCGACCCUCAGCGGGGCGCGAUCUUGGGCAUGCGGCUGGCGAGCUGCAACAAAUCGUGUGGGAUGAACCCGGAUGGCAUCAUCUUCGUGUCCGAGGGCAGCACGGUGAACCUGAGGCUGUACGGCCACAGGCUGGGCUCCAUCUCCAGCAACCUGAUCUCCUUCACCGAGGUGGACAACUCCGAGGCCCCCCACAACUCCACGCACUGCCCCGAGUUGACCAAGGACCUGGUCGUCCAGCAGCUGGUCAACGUGAGCCGCGGGAACACGUCCGGGAUGCUGGUGGUGCUCACCAAGUUCCUCCGGAGGAGCGAGAACAUGAAGCUGUACGCGCUGUGCACCCGGGCGGGCGUGGACGGGCCCUGGCAGAGAUGGAUGGACAAGGACUCGCUGCUCUUCAUGGUGGAGGAGGAGGGGCGCUUCCUGCCCCUCUGGCUGCACAUCCUUCUCAUUUUGGUGCUGCUAGUGCUGUCCGGCAUCUUCUCUGGCCUCAACCUGGGGCUUAUGGCCCUGGACCCCAUGGAGCUGCGCAUUGUGCAGAACUGUGGCACCGAGAAGGAGCGGCGCUAUGCUCGCAAGAUCGAGCCCAUCCGGCGCAAGGGCAACUACCUGCUCUGCUCGCUACUCCUGGGAAACGUGCUGGUCAACACCUCCCUGACCAUCCUUCUGGACAACCUCAUCGGGUCCGGGCUCAUGGCCGUGGCCUCCUCCACCAUCGGCAUUGUCAUCUUUGGGGAGAUUGUCCCUCAGUCCCUGUGCUCCCGACACGGUCUGGCUGUGGGUGCCAACACCAUCAUUCUCACUAAAUUCUUUAUGCUACUCACCUUCCCCCUCAGCUACCCCAUCAGCAAGCUCCUGGACUUUGUCCUGGGCCAGGAGAUUCGCACCGUUUACAAUCGGGAGAAGCUGAUGGAGAUGUUGAAGGUGACGGAGCCCUAUAAUGACCUUGUGAAAGAGGAGCUCAAUAUGAUCCAGGGGGCCUUGGAACUGCGGACCAAAACCGUGGAGGACAUCAUGACCCAGCUCCACGACUGCUUCAUGAUCCGCAGCGAUGCCAUCCUGGACUUCAACACCAUGUCCGAGAUCAUGGAGAGCGGCUAUACACGCAUCCCUGUAUUUGAAGACGAGCAGUCCAAUAUCGUAGAUAUUCUCUAUGUCAAAGACUUGGCCUUUGUGGACCCCGAUGACUGCACCCCCCUCAAGACGAUCACCCGCUUCUACAACCACCCAGUGCACUUUGUCUUCCAUGACACCAAGCUGGACGCCAUGCUGGAGGAGUUCAAGAAGGGAAAGUCCCACCUGGCCAUUGUGCAGAAGGUGAACAAUGAGGGUGAAGGUGACCCCUUCUAUGAGGUCCUGGGCCUGGUCACCCUGGAGGACGUCAUUGAGGAGAUCAUCAAAUCCGAAAUCCUGGACGAGUCAGAUAUGUUCACUGACAACCGAAGCCGGAAACGGGUAUCUGAGAAGAGCAAACGGGACUUCUCGGCCUUCAAGGAUGCUGACAACGAGCUCAAGGUGAAAAUUUCACCUCAGCUGCUCCUAGCUGCUCACCGUUUCCUGGCGACAGAGGUCCCCCAGUUCAGCCCUUCUCUGAUUUCGGAGAAGAUCCUACUCCGGCUGCUCAAGUACCCAGAUGUCAUUCAGGAGGUCAAGUUUGAUGAGCACAACAAAUAUUAUGCCCGCCACUACCUUUACACGCGGAACAAGCCGGCUGACUACUUCGUCCUCAUCCUGCAGGGGAAGGUGGAGGUGGAGGCCGGGAAGGAGAACAUGAAGUUUGAGACGGGCGCCUUCUCCUACUAUGGGACCAUGGCCCUGUCCUCACCACCCCCUGACCGCUCCCCGUCCCACCCUAGCCCCCUGAACCGCUCGGCCUCCCUCAGCUACCCGGACCGUGUGGACCUCUCGAGCACAGCGCUCUUGGCAGGCAGCAGCAACCAGCUGAGCAGCUCCGUCCUGGGCCAGUACGUGUCUGACUUCAGUGUCCGGGCGCUCACAGACCUACAGUACAUUAAGAUCACCCGGCAGCAGUACCAGAAUGGGCUGCUGGCCUCGCGGAUGGAGAACUGCCCUCAGCUUCCCCUGGAUGGGUGCACCAUCUGCACGGAGAACCUGGCCGAGAAGCCAGAGCUGCCCGUGGUGGACGAGACCACAACUCUCCUGAACGAACGCAACGCCUCUCUGCGCAGAGCUUCCCCUGAGAGCACCAUCUGACAGAAGGGCCCGGGGCCCCCUGCCAGCUCCACAGGGGCCGCCCCAGUGGGCCCACAUGAGGACAGGGAGCCCGUCAGGCCAGACGGGGUGCAAGUGGCUUGUCUAACUGAGCAGCCAUGUGGCCCCCAGUCCACGGGGGAGCUGACCUCUGCCAGGGAACUGUGAGCAGCUCAGAGCAGCGGCUGCCCUGCCCUGGACCAUGGGUCCUGGGCAGCCACCAUGAGCAUGGUGUUUUUUUUUACUGGAGACUUUCUAAACUAGGCUUAUUGCUCCUCUUUAAAAAUAUCAUCUGGGGAAGGGAAGACAGGGUUAAGGAACAUUAUAUUAAGAAAUUGUUGUUUUCCACAAAAACUUUUAAAGGGGUGGGGUUUCUCACCCUGGGAAGCAAUAGCCAUAAUCUGCUCCCAGCCACAACCUUCUGGCUGUGCCCCCGACUCAGGGAGCCCACUUGUCCUCCCUCAUCCUCCAGAGACGGGGUCCCAGAGGCCCAAUGGAGGAAGGCAUUCUCUUGGGAGGACAGUUCUUUCCAGGAAGCAAAGAACCAAACAGCACUGAGAACAACCUGACAUGUGCACGGAGGCUUGUCUAACGUCACUGAGGCCAAGGGAUCCGGGCAGCUAUGACCAGGGACAGAUACUCCCAGCUGCAGAGGGGCAUGCCUGCUCCUGUCACUUGCUGGAUCCAGGAAUUUCUGAGAACUCUGCUGAUGGGCUCUCCUGGUGAGUUUGGGCCAGUGAGACUCACACCUCUGUCCCCAUAGGUUCACCUCACAUCUGCCCCUUUGGACAAGUCUCCCCUUGUAAUGGGGCUGACCCAGGUGUUAGGCAGUGUCUCCCAUCUUUCAGAUUGCUCACCCCUGCUCCCCAGGCUGCCCUCACUUUUACCAAAGAUUUCCCCCUGGGUGGGGACAGCAUCUAUGUUCGCGGUGACUUGGCUGUGAUACUCCUUUCAGUUCCAGGAGGGAAUCUGGUCAUGGGCAUCUGCGUUGUUAGCAAGUGAUACCAUCCCUUCCCCACCCCACAACCAAAGUCCAGUCUAGUCAGUGACCCAGGAACCCUGCUUUCCAGACUCCCUACUUCUAAUCCCAAACCCCAACGCCUCUUGGGGGCGGAGGAUUGAGGACAUGCAGGAAGCCAGCCUCGGUAGGUUCUGCAUGCCCUGUCCUCUGGCUAGGCUUACCUGCCCUGUUCACACACUCCCAGAACCCAAGAAAGGUUCCCACCUCAAAGGCACACAACCGGCAGCCCUGUGUCCCCCAUGUCAUAACCCUAUGGUGAGGUGUCAUCCUGGCCUAUGCUGAAGCUGGUGGUACUGGACCCCCAGAGCUCCACACCCACGUGAACUCUGGCCCUAGCGCCUUUCCCUGGGGCUGAGUCAGGCCCUGACGCACAGCUCUAGGCUCCCCAUUCCUGGAAGGCUUUGGGACCAAGGACCAUGUUGGCCCUUUUGUCGGGUGGCACAGUUGCUGGGGCCCAAGAUCAGGUGAGGGCGGCUCUGCAGGCCUUGGGCCUGAGUAUUGUCUGUUCACUCCUUCCGCAGCCAAGUGCUCUGCGCUUCAUUCAGGUGCCUGGAGAACCCUAUGUCUUGGGACCAGGUAAUGUCUUGCACCAAGUAUGCCUGCCCCUGGCCAGUCACAGAGUUUAUUCCUAAAGGUCUGGAGAGAAGGUGAUGACACUCAUGGGUUCUCAGACACCAGACUUUUGUUUCCUGUUGGGGGACCCCUUAGUUUUCUACAGGAGCAACUUGCUUCCCGAGUUCACACGGGAGCUUGCAAAGUGGUGUUCCUGAGACCUGAGUGCCAGGCGGGGCCAAGUGCAUUGGCCUGAACCGAGUGAGUGUGUGUGAAGUACAAGGAGUGGGCACACACACUUCCACAGCUACCUCUUUGUGCACACACAGUUCCUAUCAACAACGCUCCCUCCUUCCCUGCCCCUCCCUUCCCUUCCCCAUUUAUAAUCUCUUCUUGCAGAGGGUCGUAAUUACUUCCAGAUAUUACUGGUCCAUGACUUCUUCCUCCCAGUGCAAUUUUUCACUUCCUAUUCCAACCUCUGAUUCCUGGGCUGAGCCCUACCUUGGAACUGGCCCAUCCCUGCACGUCUUCCUGUGUAAGGGAGAACUGUGCAGAUGGCCUCCAAAGGAGUAGGCAAGUCACAGCCACCGUAGCAAAGAACUCUUAUUUAUUUUGCAUAAGAUUUUAAUUUGUAUAUUUUUGUGAUUUAUUUUGGCAUUGUUAUGAGUUUGACUCUCGGGGAGUUUUGUUGUUACGACUCUUGUGUCUUUUGUCAGAAAAUGAUAAUAUUUGCUAAACAAUAUAUGGAAUUUAUUUUUUGAUUGGUAAUAAAAAAUGAAACAUGAAA